AUGUCCCACGCUCACAUCCACCUCGCACUGUUGCCGCCGUUCUCCUCUGCUCCUCUGUCUUUAAUCUCACAGCCCUCCUCUGCUCCUCUUUCUCUAAUCUCAAAGUCCUCCUCUGCUCCUCUGUCUUUGAUCUCAAAGUCCUCCUCUGCUCCUCUGUUUUUUCCAGUGCUGCUGCUGAACUCUAAGGAGACGCAGGCGGAGCUGGGCUGGACCUCCUUCCCCCCGAAUGGAUGGGAGGAGAUCAGUGGUGUGGAUGAGAAGUACAAGCCCAUCCGGACGUACCAGGUGUGUAACGUGAUGGAGCCUCUGCAGCAGAAUAACUGGUUGCAGACUGGUUGGGUGGCGCGGCGAGGAGGACAGAGGAUCUUUGUGGAGCUCCAGUUCACUCUCAGAGACUGUAACAGCAUCCCAGGCGUGGCGGGGACCUGUAAAGAGACCUUCAACCUCCUGUAUGUGGAGGCGGACCGAGACCUGGGCAGUGUGACCAGAGAGGACCGAUACACCAAGAUAGACACCAUCGCAGCCGACGAGAGCUUCACGCAAGGGGAUCUGGGAGAGCGCAAAAUGAAGCUCAACACUGAGGUGCGUGAGAUUGGCCACCUGAACAGACAGGGUUUCCACUUGGCCUUCCAAGACGUUGGAGCCUGUGUGGCCCUGGUGGCUGUAAGGGUGUACUACAAGCGGUGUCUCUCCACGGUGCAGAACCUGGCGGUUUUCCCGGACACGGUGGCGGAGGCGGCGUUCGCUACGCUCGUGGAGGUACGGGGCGUUUGCGUCAACAACUCAGAGGUGGACGCCGACAGUCCUCCCAGAAUGCACUGCAGCGCCGAGGGGGAGUGGCUUGUGCCAAUCGGCAAAUGCAGCUGCAGCGCAGGCUUUGAGGAGGGACACAGCAGCUGUGAAGUGUGUGAUGAGGAGUACGUUUGGAGCAGAGACUGUACACAGAACAGAGGGAAGUGCUCAUAG